AGCAGCGAGCUGCUCACUUGGCUGUCGCCCUCCGGUCGGGAAACAUGGGGUUGCCCAGGCUGGUCUGCGCGCUCUUGCUUGCCUGGUGCUGCUGCGAUCGCCGUGCUAUGGGUGUGCCUGGAGAGGCAGAACAGCCCACCCCCGAGCUGGUGGAGGUGGAAGUGGGCAGCACAGCCCUUCUGAGGUGCUCCUUGGACUCCCCAGGCAACCUCAGCCAUGUGGACUGGUUUGUUGUCCACAAGGAGAAGCGAACACCCAUUUUUCGUGUGCGCCAGGGCCAGGGCCAGAGUGAACCUGGCGAGUACCAGCACCGGCUCAGCCUCCAGGGCCCAGGGUCCACUCUGGCCCUGGCUCAAGUUGGCCCCCAUGAUGAGCGAGUCUUCCUGUGUCAGAGCAGGCGCCCUCGGGCCCAGGAGCACCACAUCCAGCUCCGAGUCUACAAAGCCCCAGAGGAGCCAGUCAUUCAGAUCACCACCAAUGGCAUCUCCGUGAACAGCCAGGAGCCAGAGGAGGUGGCCACCUGUGUGGGGAAGAAUGGUUACCCCCUCCCUCAGGUCGUCUGGUACAAGAACAGGCAGGCCCUGAAGGAGGAGAAGAACCGCAUCCACAUUCAGUCAUCACAGACUGAGGAGUCCAGUGGCUUGUACACCUUGGAGAGCGUCCUGAAGGCACAGCUGGUUAAGGAAGACAAGGACGCCCAAUUUUACUGUGAGCUCAGCUACCGGCUGCCCAGUGGGAACCACAUGAAAGAAUCUAGGGAAGUCACUGUCCCCGUUUUCUACCCCGCAGAAAGGUUGUGGCUGGAAGUGGAGCCUGUAGGAAUGCUGAAGGAAGGGGACCGGGUGGAAAUCAGGUGUCUGACUGACGGCAACCCUGCGCCCCACUUCACCAUCAGCAAGAAGGACCUGAGCACUGGGGAGAUGGAGGAACAGGAAACCACCGACAAUGGCAUCCUGGUCCUGGAUCCUGCUGAGAAGCAGCACAGCGGGGUCUACCAGUGUCAUGGCCUGGACUUGGAAGACACAACAUCACUGUCAAGUGACACCCAGAAUCUUCUGGUGAACUAUGUGUCGGAUGUUCGAGUAACCCCCAUAGCUCCCGAAAGCGAGGAAGGUGGCAGUCUCACGCUGACCUGUAAGGCGGAGAGUAACCAGCCCCUCACAUUCCAGUGGCUGAGAGAAAAGACAGGUCAGGUGCUGGAAGAGGGGCCUACGCUUGAGUUACUCGGCCUGAAACGGGAGGCAGAGGGUGGCUACCGCUGUGUGGCAUCUGUGCCCAGCAUACCUGGCCUGAACCGCACACAGCUAGUCUACGUGGCCAUUUUUGGUCCCCCCUGGAUGGCGUUAAAGGAGAGGAGAGUGUGGGUGAGAGAGGACACAGUGCAGAAUCUAUCCUGUGAGGCAUCUGGGCACCCUCAGCCCACCAUCUCCUGGAAUGUCAAUGGCACAGUGGCAACUGAACAAGAGCAAAACCCACUGAGGGUACUGAGCACCCUGAGUGUCCUUGUGACCCCUGAGCUGCUGGAGACAGGUGUACAGUGCACAGCCUCCAACUUCCUGGGCAGAAACACCACCACCAUCUUCCUGACACAGGUCGGCUUAACCACCCUCACACCAGACUCCAGCACAGCCGCUGGCCCCAGCACCUCCACGGUCAGUCCUCAUGCCAGAGCCAACAGCACCUCCACAGAGAAAAAGCUUCGGGAGCCAGAGAGCAAGGGGGUGGUCAUCGUGGCUGUAAUUGUGUGCAUCCUGGUCCUGGCUGUCCUGGGCGCUGUACUCUAUUUCUUCUACAAGAAGGGCAAGCUGCCCUGUGGGCGGUCAGGCAAACAAGAGAUCACGCUGCCCCCGUCUCGUAAGAGUGAAUUGGUAGUUGAAGUUAAGUCAGAUAAGCUCCCAGAAGAGAUGGGCCUCCUACAGGGCAGCACCGGUGACAAGAGGGCUCCAGGAGACCAGGGAGAGAAAUACAUCGAUCUGAGGCAUUAGCCUGAAUCCCAUUCAGCUCCCACCUAGCCUGGAGUGUCUCAGGUUCCCAGCUCACUCUUCUCCCUAGCCAAAGCCCUCAGGGACCGCUGAGAAGACCCCCUGCUCCACCUGCCCUGUAGAGGGGUUCCGAGGCCCAGUGGGCUAGGACCACAUCUGUCGUGGGAAGAACUUCACUUAGCCCUGGAGUGCACCUUUGCAAGACAGGGCCACUUACGUCAUGCUCAUGCCAAGAAGGGGCCCCAGUCUUCUGAGGGUGGGGAGGAGAGUUUCUUCGAGAAAGUGCUUUCUCCUUACAAUAGCAUGGUGAUAGAACGGUCUUCUACCAGCAGUGGAGAGGGGUGGCUCCUCAGACUGGCUCCAGCAAUUCAGCUGUGCCCGAUGUGAGGACGCAGUAGGGUCUGGCACUUGAUCCUUGUUAAGGCAUCCUGGCUCUGGACAAUGUCCAGCCAUGUCCAGAAUGCCCUGCAGAGUCUAGAUGCCUUCCUGCUUACCUCUUUGGAGUUGCCUUUUUCUUUUUGAGACAGGGUCUACAUAGCCCCAGGCUGGCCUCGAAAUCUCCCAAUCCUUCCACCUCAGGCUCCCAAGUGCUGGGGAUACAAGCAUGUGCCACCAUACUCAACCUUGGGGUCACUUUUGUGAUCUUUUCCUUGGGGCAGAAGCCAGGUACUGGUACCAUUCCUUCAUAGAUCUGUCCCUGCUGGGCACCCUGCCCAUGGAGGCCAUUGAGUCUGAGGCCCCUGCUUUCUCGUGGCUUCUACACCCCUUCAGAGGGGGCGUAUAAGACAAAGGUAGGAGCUGGGGACAAUGACAAAGCCCUCUGUCCUCCAUGGGUUGUGGUCUAUAAUUAUAUCAUACCAGAUUUCUACACACUGAGCUACCAACUCAGACCCUAAAGAUCAAUCAGAAUGGUAGCCAGAGCUCUGGGGCUUGUCUGUGAGUACCCACACCCACGUGUGUAUGUGUAUAUAUACGUAUGUAUAUGGUUUUGUGUGUAAAUUUGCAGACAGUUUCCUUUUAUAUGUAUGUAUGUAUAUAUAUAUAUGAAAAAUAAAGCUUAAAUGUGCCAGGAAU